ACCCCCGACGACACCGGGCUGUCUGAAUCACUGCGAAGGGGACUGCUCUUGAAUCGUGCUAAUAUAAUGCUGAGCUGCAGCUAUUAUUUCGGGUGUUUUCUCUUCGGUUACCUGGUCGACGCGGCGGCCAGAGGCGAACACGGAUUUGAGACCAACUUCCAAAUUAUCCAUCCAGCUCCGGUGUGGGAUGUGCCAUGUUUGCUAACUGGAGAUGAGAAUGAAACCCAGUCGUAACCUUCUCCUGGGCGUGUGCUCCAUGCUGGCUCUGGGGUUCCUCUACUACUCGUCAGGGAGGAUCACCCUGCGAGGCUGGAGCUUCAAAUCAGCGUAUGACAAGCAAGGAUUCCUUCUGAAGCUUGAUGGAAGUCUGCCUUUGGAGCUAAUGUACAAGUAUGGAAACAUGAGUGAAGGUGCCUGUAAGCCAGGUUUCGCAGCUGCCAAGAUGACUGCCAUUUAUCCAAAGUUCACUAAAGUGGCGCCCAUGUUCCUUGAUCCAAAUUACAAACGAUUCUCCAAAAUUGGUGAUUAUCCACCUCCGUUUGGGAUAAAAUCGCACGAAGCAAUCAUAGAUAUCCUUCUGACAGCUACUAAAGUGUACGGUCUUGGUGAAGAACUUGACAGUAAGAGCUGUAAGACGUGCGUCAUUGUUGGGAAUGGAGGAAUCUUAUUCAACAAGUCUUUGGGACAGAGGAUAGACGAGUUUGAUGUGGUUGUCAGGCUAAAUGAGGCCCCCGUGAAAAGCUUUGAGAAAGACGUCGGCUCCAAGACCACUAUGAGGAUCACUUAUCCAGAGGGAGCCAUUCAGAAGACAGAACGCUACGAGCCUGAGUCUCUGUUUGUCCUUUCUGCUUUUAAAGCUCUGGAUUUCAAGUGGCUCCGGCACAUGGUUUUCAACCAGAAACUGCGCAGCACCGAUGGUUUCUGGAAGUCCGUGGCCCGACAGGUUCCCAGGGAGCCCAGCGAGAUGCGCAUCCUGAACCCGUACUUCAUACAGGAGGCCUCCUUUAAGCUGAUCGGUUUACCUCACAACAAUGGACAGAUGGGCCGAGGGAAUAUCCCAACCCUGGGAGCUGUUGCCAUAACGAUGGCCCUGCAUAACUGUGAUGAAGUAGCUGUGGCUGGAUUUGGCUACAACAUGAGCACCCCCCAUGCCCCCCUGCACUAUUAUGAGAAGAUCAGGAUGUCGGCCAUUAAAGAGUCGUGGACUCACAACAUAUCUAAAGAGAAGGAGUUCCUCAUGAAGCUGGUGAAGGCUGGCGUCGUCCAGGACUUGACCGGUGGAAUCUGCGGUGCAGGAUGCUGACGGUUUCCACCCUGGGUUCGUGAGUCCUGGUCUGCAGCAAUGAGCUCGGCUGUUCCUCCUCUUUGCGUCUGAAGAGGGAGAACGGAGGGAGAACGGAGGGAGAACGGAGGGCUCUGUGGGGCUCGUUCCCAGCACAGAGCGGCCGCCGUCACUCAACGUGGACAAAACGUAGAGACACUCACUGAGCCGGACACACUGACCGGCCCCGUGUUGCGUAUCGACACUGUUAAAUCAACUCCUCACUUUAUCAGAGUAUUUAGCUUGCCCCAGCUGUUUGCCCUAGGUUAGUGCAUAUUUACAUGGUUUAGAUGCCCUGGCUCGGGGAUAGGUAAGUGUUGGGAUAUUAAACCAGGACCUGGAUCUGACUGCCCCCCUUCUGACAGAGAGAAGAGGCGAGGAUGACGACAGUGGGUUUAAACAUUGAGCCUAUGCCAAGAAUACCUCUAUAAGUGUCCUUCUGCUUACACGUGUGAAUGUAAUCAACAGCAAAUGUAUAGUCACUGAUUUACUGCAUAUCUUCCAGUGUCUGCGUGGAACAGGGUGCACACUACAGGACACAUGACAGUCCGUCCCGGACUAGCUCGACUUAAAACUAACACUCAAUGACAUUGUCUUCAUGGUACAUAUAGUGGAGAUCGCUUCCUUGCAUAGUUUUUGAAGAAGAAGAAGAAAUCAAACGGUUUUCCUUUGACUGCUGUCUACAGCCAAUUUAAAAGCAUUGAUGCACCUGUUGUAAAUAUUUGAGAAAGGAGCACCAAUGUAGCUCUGCAGAGGUUUUUAUUAUUCGUUCUUCUUUGAGAUAUUUUAGUAGGUUUCGUUGCAUAGCAUGUGUUGAUUGAACAGCUUUAAAUCACUUGUGCUGCUACCAUCGUAGCCAAAGUGCCAUUUCAGCCAGUCCUGCGUACAAUCAUAUGGGAGUCACUUCACUCAGCCUUACCGGAGGCUGCUAUCUCAGGCCCUCAGACAUCAGUCACGGUCAGUGUUACUAUCGAACUUCACCUGAGCUUUACCAGCAUGUCUUACUUUCUUCACAGAGAUCAGCCGUAUUAGUGAAGUCUGUUUGUAUUAUUCUCGCUUAAUUCACGCCGGCCUCCACAGUUAGUGCUCAGCUCUCUGCAGGUCUUCAUGGACUUGAUGCUGGCUGGAUCCUCAAGCCAAAGUAACCUUAUAUUUAUUGUCGGCCAUACACAGAGACCUGUAAAUAAAGAUAUCAUGAUGCUGGGG